AUGGCCCUGCCAGCACCCCUGGGGAGGAAGAACCAUCCAAAAACCACGGUGCUGCUACGGCACGACCUUAUUCCCACUUCCAGCGCAGGGAAAACCUCGGCACAGGGCAAUGUCGGGGAGUUUGGGCACCCACUGAACUCCUGCUGUCUGCUGAACUUUCCAGAAGAGGAGGCCCUGCUGCAGGAGGAGCCAGGAGGCAGAGAAGAGGCACCACAAGUUGUGGAUUUGGAGCAGCUGGUGCCCGUGGGGGGUGUGUACCACAUCUCUGCCUUGCAGCUGCCACCCCAGGCCCAGGACGUCGGGAACUGGACCAUGGUGGAGCUGCUGGAUGUUGGAUUAGAGGUGUAUCCAUAUUCCCCAGGACAGGCUGAAGAUGGCACACGGGAAGCAGUGUAGAUAACCCUGGGGCUCCCUGAUAAUGUGAUUUAUUUUAAAGUGCCUGUGGUAGCCCGAUGGGAUCCUGCAGGCCAGUGGUGGAGAACUGAUGGCAUCAGCAAGAUAACCUAUGAAGCAGAAGAAAAGAGCAUCACCUUUAGUAUGGGUGACUUUCAUACAGUAGCCCUUCUUCAGGAUGCUCACCUGAACCUGCCCUAUCAGGCCUGGGAAUUGCAUCCUGCUGGUGUGGAUGAAGGACUCUUCACAGUUACUGCAGUCUUUGCAACCAUUCAGACACAAAUUAAGGAUAAUCAGUGUAUGUUGUCUUCAGUAGUGGUGGAAGAGGAGGAGGUGCUUUCCCACAUCACAGGAAAAUGGAUGAGUCCUUUUGCCCUCAGAGCAGCUUUGAAAAGAGCUGGAGUGAACAUUUUCCCAGCAGAGUACUCUCCCAAGUAUGUCCCUGUGCCCAGGAAGGCUGCCCUGGCAGAAGUGAAGGCCUAUGAACAGAUGGCUCUGCUUGCAGCUGCUUUUGCUUUUGCUCACAGCAAGUGGAAUGGAGAAGCAGGGCCAGAGCAAGUUGUGUUCAAGGUGAGUGAACAUCUCACUGCAGGUUCUGCCAAAGGCAACCACUGGUAUCUUCUGAUGUUCAAUGGUGAGAAAGUGCAACACCUCAAGCUCACUGAAACCAGUGAAGCUUUUUCAGAAAAGCUGGAAGAUGAGUCUGAAUUUCACUCCACACUCUACCAUAUGGUCAAGGAUUCUGCCAGCAACAAAGCCAUGGAUAAAGUGGAAAGAGCUGGCUUCCUGUUCAUUGAUUCUGUGUAUCAGCUGCUCCUUGCUACCAGAGUCUUAGCAUACUCUUAGACACUGCAUGCUUUCCUUCAAAACUUUAUUAUCAAAAGCUUUCAAUAAAGUUACAUUUCAAGUCUUAAA